AUAUUUUAUAGCUACUUCAUGGAGCAGCAAAUUCCAAAAUGGGCAAUUUUCAUGCAAGGAUAGAUAAGAUAAUUUAACAUGUAGGGAAGCAAACCCAUCUAAAACCCAUCGGCACAAAUCCCCAAAUUUCCGGCAGGUGGCAAUCUCUCCUUCCACCGCCACUGCCGGAAUCCACCAUUUUACUAAAACACCCUUCGACAAACUUACGAAAACACCCCUGAUGCAAAAUCCAAUAUUUAAAUCACUUCCACAGUCAGUUUCGCACUCAUUGUUUUCUCCAUCUCUUACCAUCAUUGUGCCCAAAAGGAGAACAGCUAGGGCAAUAAUGCCUUGUACUUCGCUAGUUGAAUCCAGCGACGGCAACGGAGCUGUGCGUAGUUUCAAACUGAAAGAGUCAACUUUCCUUGCUGCUCAAAUGCCGAAGAAAGAGAUUGCUGCUGAUCGGUUCAUCGAAGCUCAUCCCGAGUACGAUGGUCGCGGUGUCAUCAUUGCUAUUUUCGAUUCUGGAGUUGAUCCCGCUGCGGCUGGAUUACGAGUUACCUCUGAUGGAAAGCCGAAGGUCAUUGAUGUUAUAGAUUGUACUGGGAGCGGAGAUGUUGAUACUUCUACAGUGGUAAAGGCUGAUGACAAUUGUUGUAUUACUGGAGCUUCUGGGGCUUCUCUUGUCAUAAAUUCUUCGUGGAAGAAUCCAUCUGGUGAGUGGCAUGUUGGCUGCAAAUUGGUGUAUGAGCUCUUUACUGAUACACUGACCUCUCGAGUAAAGAAAGAACGAAAGAGAAGGUGGGAUGAGAAAAAUCAAGAAGCAAUAGCAGAGGCUGUAAAGCAGCUUGAUCAAUUUGAUAAGGUUCUCCACCAUCUCUGUGAUUAUUUCCUUCAAUAACCUCAUAUUUUGAUAAAUUGCAAAUGUAGAGGUCAUCAACUUAUUUGCAGUGAGCAUCUUC